UGGCAGAGGCAGAUCACAAUUAGGGACGUAAGCAGCAAACAGUAACACGUAAUCACGGAAACACAAGCAGACAGGAUUACUUGUGUUUCGUGUUCCUGUGCGCUACCACCACCUGAAGCUCAAGGAAAGGACCAAACAAACUAAACCGUAGCAGACGACACAUAGAAAACGAAACCAUUUCACACGCACACGUAGAUACAAAUAGAACACCAAACGCGCUCCCAGCGCCAUCUAAGCGACUCUCAAGCAAAUGGCGGACGUCCAUGACGGAGAUGGGCAUAAAAUGUGAAGCAAAUUGAUAUCGAAAGCGAAGAUGCCUUCCUCAUGCGUUGCCUGCAAGAGCCGCUAUCGCAACGGCAGCACUGUGACUUUUCACAAGUUCCCGGCAAACGACACCGAACAGUUCCGAAGAUGGUUGGACUUUGUUGGCCGUGGAACUUGGCGUCCGAGCGGUUUCAGUAAGAUCUGCUCUCUGCACUUCGAAGAAAAAUGUUUCAAGUACAACAACGACCGACGAUACCUCGUGCCUGGUUCGGUACCGACAAUAACCGACUUGCCACAGCAUCUCCAGAAAAAGAAAAAAGGCACAAACUCCAAAAAGACCCGCGCAACCUCGCAUCACGAGACGGAACCUCCAGCGCCACCCGUCGCACUGCCCGAUGUCCCUAUCGAGUUUGACGAGGUGGAAGACGUAGAAUUUUUCUACGAGGACGACUGCACAGACGAGGAGGAGGAAGAUGACUUAGAUGCCUACAAUGAAACCUUACUACAAAAUGCUUUGCUAUCCAUACCAUCCAGUUCAUCGUCAGUGGAGAAACAGGCACCCAAGGCAGGAAGCGUACCAACAACAAGCACCCCAAUUGUGAUGAGGCUAUCAGUAGCACCUCAAGCGCCAACGGGGCAACAAAAUGCAGGAAAUGUGCCGCAGGCACCCGGCUCGACGCAAGCUCCGCCACUCAACAGUGAAGACAGUUCGCAUGCAGUAAUGAUGACGGCGGAGCAGCUCAAACAGGCGCUGACUGCCGAACGUGCCAAAAGUGUGAAGUUUCGGCAGAAGCUGAAGAAUGCGAAGGAAAUCCUGCAGAACCAGCAGAAAAGGAUACUUUGUCUCGAAGAAGUCAUCAACAACUUGAGAUACAGACUAAUACACAGUUCUACUAGGCAUGCGUUUUCAAAGGAUGACGUCGAAAGUGAUUGAUCGCCGGAUGGCUUAAGGAAAGCUAAAUGAUGCAUUAUGUUGCUGGGUUUAGCCUAUGAAUUGUAAAUAAGAGAGUACAAGUAAUGAGUAAUGAGUUUUCUACGUGCUAUGUUACUGUGCCUAGCUUAGAAUCUUGCACUGCAAUUUGAGAGUACUUUUUGUACAAGAGUUACAUUCAUAUUGUACAGUCACCAUACUUUUUCUUUAAAUUUAUGUAAAUACAUUGUUACUAAAAAGUGUAUGCCAGA